AUGGUGUCACGCAGCAGCAGCUCUCGUAGUAGCCUCCGCCACGAGAGUAUUCCCGAGUCGUAUGAGCCCAGUCGAGCGGAGUCCCCGCUUCCAUCCUCGGACGAUGAAGGGUUUGGCCCUGCUACGGACACCAUCCGGCCUCGCCGCCAGGCUGAAAAGCAACCUAAGCGUGCUCAUCCUAUCCGCCAUAAAUAUGACACAGUGGACGGACGCACCGGGCACACGCGGCUGCGCUAUCCUGUCCCAAUGCGGUCUCAAACACCUCAAGGUCGCAGCAGUCGUGACCUUGACCCGCUCGCGUCCCCCAGUUCAAUCAACUCAGAAUCCACAUACCGCUCUCGGGAACCUCGAAGCAGUCGCUAUGUGCAACAAGAGUCGAAUCAAUUCCUCGAAGACCGUGUCGCAAACCUAGAACGCCAGAACCAAAUCCUGCAAGCCGCUCUCCUUGCUGCCCUCAACGCAGGCGUGAAGGAUGGCGGAAUGAUGGACGGCUUGCAGGCUGCUCUUUCUCCUCUCUCAGCUGCCCCUCAAACCCCAUACCAGCGUCAAAGUCGGUACCAGCAGCAGCCGCAGUAUAAUUCCCGACCGGAGAGCUGGGUUAGCUCUUCUCGCAGCAGUGAUAACAGUGGUUUUGAAACUCCGGGAUCAGUGCGAGAUAGCCGAGCAAAACUUCGCCAGCUCGAUAACAUGAUUGAGGAUAUCGAGGCUGGAUGGCUGUCUGAUAAGUCGAACAUGAGUGGCCCAUCUCGCAUGGCUCGGAAUCGCUGA